AGAGAUUUUAAAUUAAGCGCAAAAAGUCUGAAAAUUUCUCCGACCGUGUACUGUCAGGGCUGUUUUAUUUUAUUUUAUUUUUUUUUCCCUUUCCCCCCCUUACUCGUUUUGAUAAGGCGGUGGCGCCAGGGUACAGAUUCAGGGCCGAUAAGGAACCAUGGGCGGAAUGAAUCAUCCACCUUCGUUUUAUGACGACUUACCCCAUCGUGGGACUUGGAGAUAUCAAAUACAUAGCAUAACAUCAUUGAAGCUCGCCUAGACCUCUGCGCGAUUUGAAGGACUUUACAUUAUCAGACUUUCCAAUCUCAACCACUUCUCUUGUCCCUUAUCAGAUCUCCAUGCCCGCAAUGGCGCCCCCGCUUCGAAUCGCCGUACUGGAAUGCGACACGCCACUAGAUAACAUCAACGCCAAAUAUGAAGGCUAUGGCGGUGUUUUUAAAGAGCUCUUCAGAGAAAGUGCCAAACGUUUAGGACAGCCAGAGAAACUAGACCCGGAGACAGGCUUUGAGAUCUCGCGAUGGGAUAUCGUAGACGGAGACAAGUAUCCCAACUUGGAUGAGGUUGAUGCUCUUGUCUUGACUGGGUCGAAGCAUAACUCCUUCGAAGACCAACCUUGGAUCCUGAAACUAGUCGAAUACACAAGGCAAGCUAUCGAACACCCCCGCGUGCGGAUCCUGGGUAUCUGCUUCGGUCAUCAGAUCAUCGGACGUGCUCUUGAGGCGAAAGUCGGUCGAAGUGAUGCCGGUUGGGAAAUCGCAGUGUGCGAUAUGGACUUGACAGAGGAGGGAAAGAAGUUGUUUGGAAAGGACAAGCUCCGCAUUCAACAAAUGCACCAGGAUAUCGUCUACGAGUAUCCAGCCAAUGUUACACCGCUUGGCUCGUCUCCUCGCUGCGUUGUGCAGGGCAUGUACCUGCCUGGCAAGUUUAUUACUGUUCAAGGGCAUCCGGAGUUCACUGGGUACAUAGUCACUGAGAUUGUCAGUACACGGUCAAAGCUGGGGGUGUUUUCUAAGGAUGUAUCUGAGGAUGCGUUGAACAGGGCUGUCGUUGAGCACGACGGUCUUGCGAUUGGGACGGUGUUUCUUAACUUCUUGCUGGAGGACAGGAAGUAAACAUAAUUUUAUGAAACUACCACAAGUCUGUACAUAUCCAACCAUAGAGGUGUUUUAUUACAAUAGAGGAACAGGGGGUUUGUUUUGCUCUUGAAAUCGUCA